AUGUCGUUUUCGUGCAGUCGUUGUGGAAUUGAGUUUAGAGAUGGCGUGCUUUGUUCAACAUGUCAACUUCGGUUUGACUUUCCUUGUGCUGGUAUCACAGAAGGUGGAUGGCGCAAGCUCGGUGAUAGGAAAUUGACCUGGAAGUGCAGCACUUGUAAGUCAUCGGCAGCAGCAAGUCCACGUUCGUCGUCCAAGGGUCUUUCUACCAGUGAUCUUGACGGUAUUCUGUCUGAACUCAAACAUUUAUCGGCCCAAAUGGCAUCACUACCUACCAUAAUUGAAAAUAUAAAGGCGAUUCAGUCUGAAUUGGCUGACUUGAAAUCGAUGAAGACCGAACUAUUAUCCGUCAAGACUAAUUUAGAAUGCAUGAAAUCUUCUAUUGAAUUCGCCCAUAAUUCUUUGGAUGUGCUAACAAGCAAAACAUCGAAAGUUGAACUUGAGGUGGAAGGUUUGAUGAAGAUGGAGACCGAGAUGUUUUCUUUAAGGAACAGGUUCAAAGAGUUGGAGAGCUACAGACGUGAAUGUGAGCAAAGAUCACGUAUGAAUAAUAUCGAGUUUAAGGGAGUACCUGAGGCUAAGACUGAAAACCUAAUUGAAAUAGUGUCGAGAAUUGGUGAACUUAUUGCAUUCAAAAUUCCUAAGGAGCAGAUCAACUAUAUUGCGAGGGUCCCGAUGCGAGGUAACAACCGCAGUAAGAACAUAAUAUGUUCCGUUCACAGCCGCUAUAUUAAGGAUGAUUUUGUAGCUGCCGCUAAGAAACACAAAGCCAUCUUAUCCUCUAAUAUUGGACUACAAGGUGACACAAGGAUAUUCGUCAAUGACCAUCUUACGUUGGACAAUAAGUUGUUACUGAACAAAACCAAAUCGGUUGCCAAGGAGCAGGGUUUUGCUUAUGUGUGGGUAAAAAGUUGCAAAAUACUUAUACGAAAAAACUCAACUUCCCCUAUCUUGGCCAUCAAAACAGAAGAGGAUUUAAAAAAACUCAUUCAUUAA